CUUAUAUAAAACAAUGGCAAGUAACUCAAUUCGCGAUUGAAGCGUUGAGAGAAUUAAAUUCCAAGCUCACAUCCCAGAUUGUUGAACUUAGGAAGGAGAAUGCCGAGAUUUCCGAACUUAGAAAAAAAUUUUCCGAAGCUGAGGCCAAGAACAUAGAACUUAAAGCUGAGAACAGCAACCAUAUUAUAUUACGAAGUAAUGGCCAUGCCAGCUCCGCUAAUGCUCCCACAUCUAAAUCGGAUAAUGAUACCAGAGAAAUCAGACCCAAAGGGGCGGUCUUAAACGAUCACCAACCUCUAGUUAAUACUACCUCUAUUGAAACGGAAAAUUCUAACGAUAUUCCUGAACAGACAAACUUACACUGA